CCUCGUUGAUGUCCCACAUCUAACAAGCACGCGUUCCACUUGGGUGUUUCGUCUCGUUCUGUUCCCUUCGCUAUCGCCUUGAGGACAGAGCAAUGCGCCCUUUCUCUGCCCCACAUCCAGUAUUGUAUAUCUGCAUGGAUGUAGAGGUCCGCAAAGUAUUCCCUUGUAUGAUCGGCGGAUUCUAUCAAUCUGGCAGAACUUCAUCUUACCAAAAACAGCGGCGGCGGCAGCAGUAAGCGAGCAAAUAGCAAUCAUUCCACGUCUGAUCGGCCCACAAGAUGACUCCAUUCCAAUCCAACGUCCCCUCUUCUUCUUUCCUCAUUCAUUUCACUCCCUAGCCGCAUCACAAAAAUCUCUGGCCGCUCGGCAGCCUCCUCCUCCUCCUCCUCCUCUUCAGCAACUGAUAACUAUGGGAUUCAGCUCUAAGUUGGUCGCUGGUGAUAGCCUCGACCUGUCGCAGAAUGGAGGAUUGGAGAUUCCGAAACCAGAAAGGCAGAAGACGGUGACGCUGAGGUGCCCGAGGUGCGAGUCCACCAAUACCAAGUUCUGCUACUACAACAAUUACAGCAAGUCGCAGCCGCGGCACUUCUGCCGGGCUUGCCGUAGGUACUGGACCGACGGCGGCACCCUCCGCAACGUCCCGGUCGGCGGCGGCCGCAAGAACAAACGUCUCAAGACCGCACACAACACAUCGACCUCAAUGGAUGACAACGGUAUAGCUCAACAUCAGCGGCAACAGCAGCAAAUGCCACUACCACCCUUCGAUGGUGGGGACGGUCGUAGCAGCAUUUUCCCGGGAAUUCUACGCCAGGUGCUACUCCGGCCGCCGCUGCCGCUGGCUUACUCCAUUGAUGGCAGCGGCCUCUUCCCCCUGCCACCAAUAUUCCUGCCUGAAUUCAGCACUGUAGAAGCAGACCUUUGGAGCCCUUCCGACAAUGUUAUCAAUACUUUGUCUUCCAUCUCUUCCUCUCCCUGCUCGCCCCCCUACAACGGCACGAGAUUGGAUCCCGUUGCUGGUGAAGAUGGCCUCGCCGCAUGGAAGGCGCCGACACCAUCGCCGGCAAGCUAUUUGACUUGUUGGGACGACAUGUCUGGCCUCGUCAAUGCCCAGGGGGCGGCAUGAACAAGGAAAAACGUCAGUUUUAUCAACUUACCGCUGCAUGUGUUCGGAUUGCUGGUAAUUUUUUCACUUGUUAUCUUGUCGAUCCUCUUUUCUUUCUGUUUGAGGGUGUCCUCUAUAGUCUCUGCUUCUGGCCGUAGAAGUAUGUCGGGUUUUGGCAUUUGCGUGUUCCAAACUCCAGUAUAAGAUAUGGUGAUUUCUGGUUUUGUCUUU